AUGGAUUUCUCAAACUUUGCCAAAAAUGAGCCCAAGAAAGAGCUUUCCAAGUUCGAGCAGUUCAAGGAAACCCCUGCUUACCAGGUAGGGCUUAACGUUGGUCUGUUCGCUCUAGGUGUCGCUUUCAUCCAGUCAUCUCUGAUGGAUUUGCUUGCUCCCCAAAUCUGA